AUGGCUUCAAAUGAGUUGCCUCCUUGCUCAUCAUCUUUCACAAUAUCCCAUGAUCUUUGGUACUCAUCUUCCCAGGCAUACCCAUUGGCCCCUUUCAAGUCACUCACUUCACCACGACGUGAUGAUCGAGUUCUUGCUGACAUACCACUCUUUGCUCCUCCAGGUGAUGCACUUUUCUCUGGAGCAGUCGAAGGAAGUUUAGAGGACGGCGAUUUAGAGCCCAUGUAUUCCUCAUCUGAGUCAUCCAUCUUGACAAUGUGUAGUUUUAUUUCUUCGGGGAUGUAUUUCAAUAUAUGCCAAAGGCUGAAUUGUUUUUCUCUACUAGACUACGCUUUUUUUUUUAGGAUCUUGUUGCUCAAUUACUCUCUACGUACUCACCAGAAUAGAGAAAGAUUGAAAAAAAAAAAAUUGUGCAUCACUUCUUUGAAUCUAUAA